AUGCAGGCAGUGGACGACCUUGGUCGCCCGGCCUCCCCUUCCCACAUCCCUGCUUCCAAGAAGCGCAAGGGUGUUGAUCGUCUGGUCCCACCUCCUCCUCAAAAGAAGAGCAAGGUCGCCUACUCCUGCCCUGGUCUGCCUCUGCUGAUCAAUCACACCACCAAACCCAAGCCCCAUCCGACGACAUGGGCAGGGAUUGCUCGUCAGGCCGCUCUGAUGCCUCCCCUGCCUCCUGGCUUGGGACCGCAACAUCGCAGGCCUUCUCCUCCUCCCUCAUUCCCGACAGGGCCAAUGAAGACUUCAACUCAUCACUCCAUCCCUUCUUUUACUUCCGAGGGCCCCACCCGGAAGCAAGUCCUUGUGUCAUUUGGGGGUACCCCUCCCAACCUCACGAAAUUUUUCACCAAGUCAGCCGUCCGUGCGGCCAACGGGUAUCUCAGGGAUGGUCGAUCCAUGCUGAAGGUCACCUCCAUCGUCCACGCCUACGCUCUGUUGUUGGUCACCCCUGCUGUUGCCAGCCCGUCCGACCUGGACAUCCUGCACAAUUUCAUCCACAAAAGCCUCCCAACGGCUCCAUCUGAGAUCUUAAUCUCAAUGCCCAGAUUGGAGCAUGAUCUCCAGGGUCCAUCAGAUCAUGUCCCGAUCUGCACAGAUCUUGAUAUUGGUCCUGAACCGCCCGGCUCUGGGCGACGGACAAUUAAACCCGGAACCCCAGUGACCAAGGAAGGCAUUGAAGCUUUAGCUGAUGCUAUUGCAAUGGCGUUCUCGGAUGUGUGGCUUGCCCAUUCGACUGAGUCCAAGCCUACCAAGCGCUCCAAGUACUGGUGGACAGACGAGUGUUCAGAGAAAUUCGGAGUAUAUCAGCUGAGCCGCUCGCUCGCUGAUUACAACAAAUUCAAGAAGGUGUCGCUGUGGGACCUAAUGGAAUGGGUCAAACAGCACAAGCUACCACCCUGUGAGGCUAUUCACAAUGGUGACCAGCCUUGUCAUGAUAUGGACGACCUUUGGGACACCCUGCACAGCACGUACAACUUGGCCUCAGGUUGUGAGUACAACACUUCAGUCUUAGACGAGCUUCCCGACGAGCCGGUCUCGGUGCUCGAUGCAGCCCGCUCGCUAUCUACAAACACGUACGCUACGCAGCCUGGUUACUAA